AUGGCUGUCCGCAACAAGUACUCGGUAUUGCUUCCGACCUACAAUGAGCGACGUAAUCUUCCCAUCAUCGCCUGGUUACUGAACAGGACCUUCACCGAAAACAACCUGGACUGGGAACUCAUCAUUAUCGACGACGCCUCGCCUGAUGGUACACAGGAAAUCGCCAAACAGCUCAUCAAGGCCUACUCUUCGGAACGCAUCAAGCUGCAACCACGAGCUGGCAAGCUGGGUCUCGGUACCGCUUAUGUCCACGGCCUGCAGUAUGUCACUGGCAAUUUUGUCAUCAUCAUGGACGCCGACUUCAGCCACCAUCCCAAGUUCAUCCCUCGCAUGAUCAAGAAACAGAGCGAGAACGGCGCCGACUACGACAUCGUCACGGGAACUCGUUAUGCUGGCGAUGGCGGUGUUUACGGCUGGGACCUGAAGAGAAAGAUCAUCAGCAGAGGUGCCAACUUGUUCGCCGACACUCUGCUCAGACCGGGUGUCAGCGACUUGACUGGCAGUUUCAGACUCUACAAGAAAUCAGUGCUUCAGGAGAUCAUUCGCAAAACCGAGAGCAAGGGUUACAGCUUCCAGAUGGAGAUGAUGGUCAGAGCCAAGGCAAUGGGCUUCAAGGUUGCUGAAGUCCCCAUCAGCUUUGUCGACCGUCUGUACGGAGACUCGAAGAUCGGUUCCAACGAGAUCACAGCCUACGCAAAGAGUGUUUUGUCGCUUUGGGUCAAGGUAUAA